AUAUGAUUAUGGUCAUGGUCUAAAUGAACAGAUCUUUCUUAAGAAGAACAGGGCCUUUUGGCUUUUAUAGGAAACAGCUAUAACUCACACCUCCAAUCUCAUCUCAAUAAUCGGAACACCUGACCUUUGAAGAAGCCUAUAUUUUGGUCACCCUGGUCUUGAUGGUCUUUAACAUGCAGAAAUGCUUUUUCUUGAUUUUGCUUAUAAUGUUUUUCUUUAAUUAACAGGUGAGGUUUGGUGAUGGAUUUGGACGUAGUAAAUAUGUUGAUCAUAGCCGGAGGUACUCUUACAGUUCCCAUCCUGGCUUUUGUAGCUUCGUUUCUGCUGUGGCCUGCAGCGCUUAUCAAGGUCUAUUAUUGGUAUUGGAGAAGGAGAUUAGGGCUCCAGGUGGAUUAUGCUGAGCAUGAAGGAUAUCGGUUCUGUUAUACACACAGAGGAAAGCCAGGCAGUCGACCCUCUUUACUCUUGCUUCAUGGCUUUUCUGCUCAUAAAGACAUGUGGCUCAGUCUUGUGAAGUUCCUUCCAGCCAAUGUGCAUCUGGUGUGUGUUGACAUGCCCGGCCAUGAAGGCACCACACGCACCAGUGCAGUGGACUACUCUAUAGAGGGCCAAGUCAGGAGGAUACAUCAGUUUGUAGAAAGCAUCCAACUCAAUAAAAAGCCGUUCCACUUGGUGGGCACAUCCAUGGGUGGAUGUGUAGCUGGGGUUUAUGCUGCCCGCUAUCCUUCUGACCUCUCCAGUCUCACAUUAAUCUGUCCUGCAGGUCUAAAGUACACAGCAGAUAAUGAAUUUGUAAAGCGUCUGAAAGACUUGGAGGAAAGCAAGGAUGUUCAGGGCAUCCCCCUCAUCCCCUCCACAGCGGAAGAGAUGGCGGACAUGAUGAAACUGUUGUCUUAUGUGCGUUUCAAGAUCCCUUAUCAGAUUCUUCAAGGAUUGGUCAAAGUCCGUACUCCACACAACAACUUCUACCGUGAGGUUUUCUUGGAGCUAGUGAAAGAAAAUUCCAGACACUGCCUACAUGAGAACAUGCAUCUCAUCUCAAUGCCACUACAAGUCAUUUGGGGCAAACAGGAUCAGGUGCUGGAUGUAUCCGGUGCAGCUGUGUUGGCUGAUUCCGUGCCUGGUUGCCAGGUCGAUCUGCUAGAUAACUGUGGCCAUACGGUGGUGAUGGAGCGGCCUCGGAAGGCUGCUAAUCUCAUCAUGGACUUCAUGACCCGUCAGCAGAAUUCUGGCAGCAGUAGCAACAAAAAGCUUUCCUGAGACUAGAAAAAAACAUUAAUAACUAUAACAAAUUAUUUGUAAAUAAUCGAAAUAGGUAUUUUUAUAAGGAAUUCUCAGAGACUGAUUGCCAGGGUUAGAUUCAGACAUGCAAUAAUUAAGCAGGAUUAAUUAAACACUGGUUAUUUUACUGCAAACAAGGAUAAUUUGCACUUACCAACCAAUCUAGAUACAUCAUGCUAAAAGAAUUAUUUGUAAUUAAUGUAGAGUCCAGCAGUAGUGUCAUGUCUCCAGACUGCUUAAAUAAACACUUGUGAUGGUGUAAUA